AAGUUCAAAAAGCAAUCAUAUAUUUCCUCCUUCAACUUUAAAGGUUUUCACAGAACUCCUCCGCAUCCCUAACUUUUCCUGUAACCUCCAGGUUUGGUCUCAAUUGAUUUCCCCAACUGAGCAGUUUUCUUAACUCUCUGUGAUCAUUUCUUUUCGAGCCUCCUUCUUUUACAAUCGUCGAUUCUCGUUAUCCCAGUCAUUUACUGUACUGCCUCGGAAAUUAUCAAACUUUCAAGAUUAGGAAUCUUCACCUAAGAAUUGUUCAAUCUUUUUAAUUAGUUUUAAUUCGUGUUAAAAAGUUAAAAUUUAUAUCAAACAAUCAAAAUGAGCAAAACUCGAAGUGAUUCAUCAAAAAAACGAGCAACACGAUCAACAUCCAAUGUGUUCGCUAUGUUUACCCAAAACCAGAUAGCUGAGUUUAAGGAGGCAUUCCAAUUUAUCGACUCUAAUAAGGAUGGGAUUAUUGACAAAAAUGAUCUGAGAGCGACUUUCGAUUCACUUGGUCGCAUGUAUCCCGAUGAGCAGUUACAGUCAAUGUUGUCCGAGGCUCCUGGUCCAUUGAACUUUACCAUGUUCUUGAGUAUCUUUGGUGAACGAAUUGCUGGAACUGAUCGCGAAGAUGUUAUUCAAGCUGCUUUCAGGACAUUUGAUGCUGACCAGACGGGUAAAGUUCAUGAAUCUGUUUUGAAAAAAGCCUUAACAACUUGGGGUGAAAAACUUACCGACGAUGAAAUUGAAACAGCAUUCAGAGAGGCCCCAAUUGACAAACGAGGUUUUGUUGAUAUCAAUGGUUUUGUCAAAACAAUCAGUGGCUCUGCGGAGGAGGAAUAAUUUUUUGACGAUUGUUCACAAUAAAUAUAAACUAUUCAACAGUUAU